GUAUGCUGCUUGUUAAAUAAAUAAUAACCGACCAGUUAAAACCGCUCAUUCAUUGAAAAGCAUCAUCGUUGCGUGAAUCGCCAAAAAUCUCUCGCUCUAUGUUCAUUCAGAUCAGAGACUCGCACUGUACUACGACGACGUCUCUCCUGGAACUCCGGAAACCCUCUUUUUCUCGCUAUAAACCCCUCUUGUUUGCUACGCAAACCCUAAAUCCCCAAAUCACUAUUUGGUUAGCUUUUCGAAACCCUUCACCGGCGAUUUGCUUUUGCAUUGUCAGUGUACUUCCUUAACUUCUCAGUUCGAAUCAAUUGAAGAUUUCUGGUUCUGAAGCAAAAGAGGAGAGAAAAAGGUCGGAAUUGUAGCAGAGACUUUUACGUUAUCGUUAAGAGGAAUCAUAGUUUCGUUUCACACUGCUUUCGGUUUCUCUUUAAGUUGUUUGGUCGAAAGAUCUUUUGGAAUUCAGCUUUUUGGAGUAAGGAAUGGUGGCUAAGAAUGGAGGGAGGUAAAGGGUUAGGGAGUGCAGAUAAUGGGAGCUCGAGCGAGAGUGGUCGGCCGCCGAACCCUCUCGCCGAUGCUUAUAGAAGCUGUCUCAGUGCUGAUCGAUUGCCAAUGCCAUGUAAGAAGUCACUUGUUCGACUCCCUUCUCUGACAAAGACGUCUGAGAUUUCUGUUGAUGCUGAACUUAUAAUACACGAUGAAACUGAUUUUGUUCCAAUUGUCCGUUCUGGAGCAUGUGCUGACAUUGGGGUUCGUUCAUACAUGGAAGAUGUGUAUGUUUGUGUUGACAAUUUUAUGCACGAUUAUGGGAACAAGAGUAUAAUCGAUGGGCCCAGUUCCUUCUACGGGAUAUUUGAUGGACAUGGAGGAAAGCAUGCUGCUGACUUUGCCUGCAAUCAUUUGCCAAGAUUCAUUGUGGAGGAUGAAGAAUUCCCUCAGCAGAUUGAAAGGGUACUUGUUUCUGCGUUCUUACAAACUGAUACUGCUUUUGCAGAGGCUUGCUCCUUGGAUGCUGCUCUUGCCUCUGGUUCCACAGCAUUAGUGGCUGUCGUUCUUGGGAGGUUGUUGGUUGUGGCUAAUGCUGGAGAUUGUCGAGCAGUUUUGUGUCGUCGUGGGAAGGCUGUUGAAAUGUCUAGGGAUCAUAAGCCAAUUUGCAGCAAGGAAAGGAUGCGCAUUGAGGCUUCUGGGGGCUCUAUCUGGGAUGGCUACCUUAAUGGACAACUCAACGUGACUCGUGCUUUGGGAGACUGGCACAUGGAAGGCAUGAAGGGUGCAGAUGGUGGGCCACUGAGUGCAGAACCUGAAGUUAUGACUAAAGAACUCACCGAGGAAGAUGAAUUCAUGAUCAUAGGGUGUGAUGGGAUCUGGGAUGUGUUCAGGAGCCAAAAUGCUGUGGAUUUUGCUCGUCGAAGGCUUCAGGAACAUAAUGACCCUGUCAUGUGCAGCAAGGAUCUUGUGGAGGAAGCUUUAAAGAGAAAAAGUUGGGAUAACUUAUCAGCUGUUGUGGUCUGCUUCCAAUCCCGGUCUCCCCCUAACCUAGUUGCUCCUCGUUCUAGAGUGCAGAGGAGCUUUUCUGCUGAGGGUUUAAGGGAGUUGCAAAGCUUGUUGGAUAGCUUGAAGAUUUGAAAUGGCGAGGAAUGCUUUUCCUGCCUCCAGCCCAUUGCGCCAACUCCCAUCUUUUUCCCUGAAGGCCUCCAUUUUGGCGGUGGACUAUCUUUGCUGAUAUACAACUCUAAUUGUAGUUCUAGUUGAGAGAAUUUGAGUUCGGAUUGUAACAUAUGCGGCGGCAAGUUGGUAACAUAACAUUUUCUCAAAUUUUUUUGAUCUAUUUUGUUUUGGCCUCUGAUUGGGCACUUGUUCUUGGGAUGGAUUCAAUCAUUCAUGGGAGGUCUGUAUUCCUUCUAAUUGACUUGUGAGUCAAUGUAGCAAAUAAUUCAGAUCGUUCACUUUGUUUUCAUUACUGGCUGUUGGAAUAUUGUUUAUUUAGCCUUGCAUGGUCCAUUGCUUCUCUCU